AAUAUAUUUACCUUUCUGGUAAAUCCCUCCGAAAAUGACGGAAAUCCCCGCCCCAAAACUUGCGGUGGGACACUUUUCAUCAACCCGGUCUAAGUGCCGAUUCCCGAGGAGAACCCAACCUCAUCCGCAAAGACUAACGACCAAUGAACCAGUCGGGAAAAGUCUCUAAAGUUCAAUCAACAGCGAUGGCGGCCCAUCACGGCGAUCUUCAAGUCUUCGACUUUGGCUACCUCCACCCGUCGAUAAAGACGCUAAAGAUUUAAGAUGCCGUCCAUUUCCCAUGAUUGUCCAUUUCUCAACUUCGUUCCCUGCGCCCGAUCCCGGCUCACUCGCUCCACGUCAUCGCCCACUCGUUAUUAGUCGACGCCAACCAGGGUUGAAGGAUCGUGGUGUCCGAGUUCCGAGUUCUCCACUUUAAAUGGCCCUACGCCUUGACGCACGAGGUCUGCGUUUUUGGUUGGUUGUUGUCGCGGUAUCAGUCGUCGUCGCCAGUGAGACGUCAUAUUAGCCUUAUUAGUGGCUUCUGCGAGUUGCUUUUGCAUCUCUUUCGAAUUUUUUUUUCGCCGUGAUCGGACGAAAAAGUAGUACGUCCACUGACUUGAUCCAUGGUCCUAUUUCUAUCAGGACGGCGGUUCAUAUGCGAAAUUUGUGUUGGUAGGAACGGAAACGGGUUAUCGCCGCUUCAAUUCGGCUUGGUAUCCGAGCGCUGCGCACGCUAGCCAUACAUAGUCAUGUCCUCAGACCUACUUCGGUUUCCUAGGUACUUGAGGAGUCCUGGUGACGAUGGCUAUCGAACGCCAACUAUCGAAGAUGCGGAGCGGACUCUCGCCGUCCUAGGAGUUGAUGCUCCUCGUCAGGGUAACAAUGCCCGUGAAGUUCAUACUUCUGCCUUGGAAGCGGCCUUACAAAAGGUCACUUCUCGAGCGACUGACCAGGCAGCUGGUAACAAAGAACUGAGUCAUUGCGAGGAUCGUGAUCGUGUAGAGCUUACCCGAAAAGUGACGGAUGCAUCGGCGUCUAAGCUCAGUUGGAAGAAGCGCAUUCGCCAUGUUACUUGGGCGUAUUUCACCUUGACUAUGGCUACUGGGGGGUUGGCAAAUGUCCUGUAUGAAGUUCCCUACCGUUUCCGCGGGUUGGAUACCAUUGGAACGGUCAUCUUUUUGAUCAACAUUGCCCUGUAUCUGUUCAUAUGGGGACUGUUACUGGCCAGAUUCUACUAUUACCCGUAUACCUUCAAAGCGUCAUUUCUGCAUCCCACCGAGUCCUUGUUCGUUCCUGCCUGUGUCGUCUCCUUUGGUACCAUUCUCAUCAACAUCUCCCAAUAUGGGCCCGGGAAUACAGGUCCAUGGCUGAUGGAAGCUGUCGGGAUUCUAUUCUGGAUUGAUGCCGGUCUUGCUGUGAUAUUUUCUGCGGGCAUCUAUCUCGUCCUGUGGUCCACCCAGACUUUCACCAUAGCCCAAAUGACCCCAAUCUGGAUCUUUCCUGCAUAUCCUAUGCUUAUCAUCGGUCCCCACGCUGGCAUUCUCAGUGCAAAGUUGGAACAAGCUCGCUGCCUGCGCAUUAUCAUCGGAGGAACGACGAUCCAAGGUGUUGGAUUUCUGGUCUCGCUGAUGGUCUACUCGGCUUUUAUCUAUCGACUCAUGACCCAGAAGCUACCCAAGGAAAACAUCCGACCGGGAAUGUUUGUCUCGGUGGGACCGAGUGGUUUCACUGUCGCAGGCAUCGUCAACAUGGCGGCCUCCGCAAAGCGUUCAUUCCCGUCGGAUUUCAUGGGAAAUGGAGAACUGGCUGCUGACGUUUUGAGAGUGGUGGUUGAUUUUGCCGCAUUAUGGCUCUGGGGUUUAGCAAUCUUCUUUUUCAUAAUUGCCAGUGCAGCCCACUGGUCUGCGAUUGGACCGGGCCGAAUGGUCUUUUCAAUGACGUGGUUCUCAUUUGUGUUUCCAAAUACCGCCCUAAUUACUGCGACGUUCGCCAUCGGAAAGGCCUUCUCUUGCAAGGCGAUCAAUAUUGUUGGCUGCGUGGCAAUCCUCCCUCUGAUACUCAUGUACUUCUUUGUUUGUUUUAUGAUGAUUCGAGCGAUCCUCACACAUCAGAUUUUAUGGCCGCAGAAGGGCGAAGAUAGGGACGAGGGUGGGUUUGAGAUCCAUCGGGUUAAGGCUGAUGCAGAGUUGUCCGAUGAGAUUAAUGGAACGGCUGUCUGAGGAAUAUUUCCCGACUUCGAGGCUAGUAUAUAGGAAAAGUGCUUUUGCGUUUGCAUUGUCAUGUCCCAAUACCCAUACUCGGUUUUACAUUGCCCUAAAA